AUGGCAGCAGUGGCAGCCAGGGUCGUCAUUGUCGCCUCCGAGAACCCCGUCAAGAUCGGGGCGGCGCGCGACGGCUUCUCGCGCAUGUUCCCCGGCGUCGCGUUUGACGUGCGAGCCACGAGCGUCCCGUCCGGCGUGCCCGACCAGCCGUCCACGGACCAGGAAACCCUCCAGGGAGCGCUGAACCGGGCUCGCAACGCGCGCGCCGCCGAGCCCAAUGCCGACUACUGGGUUGGGCUGGAGGGGGGCGUCGACGACGCUGGGCCGGCGCACCGCGAGCCGCCGAUGCAGUCGUUUGCGUGGAUUGCCGUCAUUGGCAAGGGGGGGGAGGAGGGCAGCCCCGAGCGCGUGGGCAAGGCGAGGACUGCGACGUAUUACCUGCCGCGGCAGACGGCCACGUUGUUGCGCGGCGGCAUGGAGCUGGGCCACGCCGAUGACUUGGUCCAUGGACGGACGAAUUCCAAGCACAAGAGUGGCUCCGUUGGCAUCUUGACGGGUGAUGUGGUGAAUCGGCAGAGCUACUACUCGGAGGCUGUUGUGUUGGCCCUGAUUCCGUUCAGAAACGCCCAGCUCACAUUUUGA